UCAUUAUAUUUAAACGCUGCAAUAAGUCAAUUUAAUAUAUAAUUACGUUCUUUUUUGAUUGAAAAUUGCAAAAAAAAAAAUUAUGAAUAUCCAACUUGUGGGAAUAGCUAUAAUUUUAGCUUUUUAUACCGCGAUUCCAAUUGCUGGUCAAUCGGUCAGUGACAUUUUGAAUUACGAAUGUUCACCAUCUUCUGUUAAAGUAAAUUUUAAGCCGCGAUCAUCGCAGCAUGAAGUGAUACUUUCAACAGACUCACGUAUUCCAGAGUGUAAUAAAAAAUUUAAUCCUGGCGAAUCAGCAGUAAUAGAUUUAAAUUUUGAAAAAUGUACAUCAGGAGCAAGAACUUUUCAUUUGAAUAUCAGUGAAUAUAAACAAGGGGAAAUGGAUCCUUCAUUAUACAGCUUAGAAGUUAAGUGUUUAAAUUAAUAAUAUGAAGAAAAAAAUAAAGAAUCAAUAAAUGUGGAAAUAAUUAAGAUGAUAAAAUUUAA